AUGAGAGGUGACACAAACGUCCGCAAAUCCCAGAUGGCUGGCAGUGGUGGCGGUGGUGUUGCAAUCGGAACAGUCAACAGCUUUGGCUGUGGCAAGCAAGGACGAAAUAAAUCUCAGUCCUCGGCGGGCGUCUUUCAUCGCCACAACUUCCACAAGAUGGGACUGGGACGUGCUCACUCGACGCAUGAGCAGGAGAGCGGCUGGAGACGUAAUGGCAGUCGACGUCUGUCAUUCUCAUCGCGGGAUGUGCCAAACUUUGGUGAGGGUGUUGAUCAGAAGGUUCUUCCACUGCCCAUGAAACCGGCUCCGUCGAACUGGAUGGACCGCACGUCCGACAACCAGACACUCAUGGAGUCCCGAAUCACUGGGAAGGAGUCUAAUCUGAAAGGUGGUCUUUUCAGUGGAAGCCGCAGCAAGGAAAUAAAUCAUACCUACCCCCUCGCCCGCAUCUUCCUGGAUGCUGUUGAACGUGGAGAUAAGUCCACGGUGAUACGUUGUCUCAGAUGUCCACAGCCGGUGAACGUGAAUUGCACCAAUAUGCUCGGACGUACGGCCAUACAGAUUGCGGUGGAUAAUGAGAAUUUCGAGAUAGUUGAGUUGUUGCUGCAAGAACCCAACAUCCGCAUCGGCGACGCCUUGCUCUAUGCCAUCCAAGAGGGCGUCUAUCGUAUUGUGGAGAUGUUGAUCGAUCAUCAUUCAAUAACUAAGGAAGUACUCGGCACCUCCUGGUCCAAACGCGUUAGUCGCUCUGAGGAGAGUCAUGACUUCUCAGCAGACAUCUCACCCGUCAUCCUAGCCUCCAUUUGUAACCAGUUUGAAAUUCUUCAACUGCUUCUGUCUCGAGGUGCUCGUAUUGAGCGGCCACAUCGUUCGAACUGCAGCUGCAAUGACUGUGUCAUGAUGAACAGAGAGGAUUCCCUAAAGUAUUCCCUAUGGCGUAUGAACACUUACAGGGCGCUCGCAAGUCCUGCGUGGAUAUCCCUCACCUCGCCUGAUCCCGUUCUGGCGGCCUUUAAGCUCUCCUGGGAACUGUCUAACCUGGCUUCCAAAGAGAAUGAAUUCAAGGAGGUCUUCAUCCAACUUUCAGAACAAUGCAAAAAGUACGCAUGCGACCUAUUGGACCAAUGCCGCAGCACAGAGGAGGUGUUGGCCGUUUUGAGCAAGUCCUCGGACUCCUCCGACGAGGACGAGGCGCAGGAGACCGAGGAGGAAACCGAAUCGACGAAACGAGACCCGGAGGUUGAUGUCGAUGGCAACACCGAACUGAGACACUUGGGGAUGGCGAUGGUGAGACGAUGUCAACGGCGACUGCAUGGUGAGGAACAUGUGUUCUCUCGACCGCACUCCUCCACAUCCCAUCGCGUCGCCUCCGGACAUGACAUGCACAGAAUAGAAGUCUUGCCGGACGAUCUGCUCCAUCAUCCAGCUCUUGGUAGAAGUAAUGAAAGUCAGUACACGAUUGUGGAGGACUUGGAUGGAGCCGACGUGGGGAUCCAGGUCAGCCCGCAUAACGAAGGCGCGUACUUCGGCCAACAGCAUGGCUCAAUGCUGAGCCCUCCGGAUAGGUCUAGAUUUGCUUGUUCAGAAGAAGGGCGCAUCAAUUCGAGAAAAAAUGACUCUCAUUUAUAUGACAAAGAGGAGGAAUAUGAUGUUGAUGAGGAUGGUGAUGCCAAAGAAUGUCAACGUGAUGUGAACGGUAGACUCGCGGACAGAGCAGAGGACGAGAAAGAGGCAGAGGAGGAGGAGGAGGAGAAGGAAUCACAGCUGUAUAGCCUGGAUCGGCUAAAACUGGCUAUCAAAUAUGAACAAAAGCGCGUAAGUAGCAUCAUCGUCUUCUCUCAGACCAUCCAAAGUUAUUCUUGCUCCAACCUUUCCGUAAUCAUUUUAUUGACAUUGAAAUACUUCAUGCUAGCUGUGUUUUAG